GUAAUAUGAUAUUUGAUAAUAUUCUUGGAACUGCAUUUGGUUUGCAUGGCAAAGAUAUGCCAAUAUCUUAUAUAAGUGAUUAUCGCUGCGGAGAGUAAGUGCAUUGGUGAUGAUGGAGGUUACUGAACAUCGGUUCUCCCAUUCUUAAACAGUAUACACCAUUUUCGGAGAAGGGCUGCAUUCUUACACCUUCGCCAUAAGUGGUAACAAGUCUGUGGUGAAUAUCACAGGGUCUAAUGUUUUCCACCUUCAAAAAAGGAAUAUCACCUUGCACUUCAGUUGGCGGGAUUUGCAUUUAGCACUGCCAUGGUCACAGAUAUUUCUGCACUUACCAUGUGACAAGGUCCAAUUUAACAACCACGUGUGGCAACUGUCCACUUUAGACUAACACCAAGAUCCAGUGAGCAGCUGCCACAAGACAUGUGCACAGACUAGAAGUGCAAAUGUUCUUUACUUUCUGGGUGGCCCUCAUAUAUAAACUGAGGAGAGGAACAUUCCCAUAAUUCUUUGAACUGUCUGAUGCUAAAGAAAACAAGUUGCAGGAAUAAAAAACCCUUGACUACCUUUAGCAUUCUGAGGGCAAGAAAAAUAUGAAUAACGCCAUCCAGUUCAAAUGACCAUAAAUGAUGCAAACAUGAAAGAGGCACUGCGAAAUUUUAUGAAGAAACAUGGCACACACAUUCGUUAGUGCCAGUUUGCUGUAGCUCCAAGUGAAUUUGGAGGAGUGACUGCGAUGGCAAAUGUGUUCGCAAGAAAAUGUCUACGAAUUGUUGUUGCUGCACUUUGCCAGACGAUUGGUUGGAGGAAGAUAAAACCAACAUCUAUGGAAGUACUGAUCGAUCUUCUAGAACAUUAUAUCAAAAGCCUUGGUAAGGGAGCUCAUGAGUAUGCUGAACAACGUGGUUCAACAGUUCCAGUUCUUGAAGAUCUUGCUCUUGCUCUUAGUGAUGCAGGAGUUACUAUCCCCCCUCUAGAGGAGUAUAUUCAUGAAGUUGGCCAAGUUCCGUGGCCUGAGAACAGUGGCACUACCUCUUCUGGUGCAGUCCCAGUCUUCCCAGUGCAAGUGCCUUCCCGCCGUAAUGGAGUGGAACAACAUCUUCAGUUCUUCGACAGUUGGGCUGAAUCAGAAGAUGAAUGCUGUAGCCAUCUGGUACCACCCAUACAGCAUACAGAUUCAAAUGUUGGUAUAUAUCCAUCUGAAGUUUCAGUUGAUGUCACAGGAGGAUCUUGUAAGGCUGAGGAUAUAUCCAGAUCAACAGACAAUAUACCUCAGGCAUCACAAGCCUCAGUGGUGGCGAUGACAGAAUGUGGUAUCCUCUCCGCAUCACGUGAUGGUAGACAGCCAUCUGCUCGCAGGCCAACUACACCACCUCGAUAUUCGCCAUCUCCUGACAGACAGCGUGCUUUGAGUGGCUUCCAUACAAAGAAGGAAAAGAAAAAAAUUAAAGGGAAGGAGAACACAGGAGUUGGUAAAACAAAAAUCAAAACUGUUUUAGGGAUGGGUAAGGUAAGACCUCCACCUGAAUGUUCCUCUGGACAAAGCGUUGACUCAGCUUUUACUUCAAGAUUUUGUGACAAAACACAACCAUUCAAUUCACAAAAAUACAUUAAUUCUAAGGGGAAUCCAUUGAAUUCUAUGACUUCAAAGGAUAUUCUGCAUCAUUCUCAUCAUGUGGAUAAAAAAUCCUUAACCCUUGCAUCAGCAAAAGAGAGAAAUCCUAAGCCAUUACAAUUACCUGGUGCUAAGCAUAUUUCAACGGACAAUAAAUUGGCAUUCAAGCACAAUAUGCAACCUGUGCCUGGCGCUACAUCUUAUAAAGAUAGUUCUGAUUUUGGACCGGACACAACUGUUAAUAAUCUGCUACCUCAGUGUAAAAAAUUAGGGGAUAAACCAAAGUCUGAACCACUUGAGAGUUCGCAGUGGAGCGAUGUUCCUAUUAAAAAAGAACCUAUGGAUGUAAAUCCUGUAACAAGUGAUCAAACUUCAUCUACUCUUAAUUCAAAUAAUUUAAUGCCUCAAAAGUCACAAAUUAAAACUGAAAUUACAAUUAAUAAUAAGGAAGGAAAGAGCUCAUUAGAUGAUGGAAGUCUCACAUGCACUCCAAAAGAAAUUGCUAAACCUUUGUUAUUGACAGAUCCCCAAUCAGUAAAGACUGUAGAUAAGUCUGAGCCUAUCAAUCACCAAAGGAACAGUCCAAAGUGUGUAGGUGGUAAUUCUGCUGAAACUCAGUCAAGUGUUGAUCCUAUUGAGAAUAAGCAACCAAAAAUUACUAAGGUCACAGAUACUGCUGUUACACCAUCUUCGACAUAUAAAAGCAAUAGCUUAGCUACAGUUGUGGAUAUGAAUAUCAACGAGAGAAAUAAACCUGUAUCGAAGGAAGGAACUUCCCAUCUUCCUGUGCCAGCUGAUAAAUUAAGAGAAAAGCAAGAUAAAAAGACUGAAACUGCAACACCGUCAAAAAAGCUGCUUAAUUCCUCUGCAAAAUCAUCCACAAAAGAAGCAUGCACAAGCAAUAAAGGGAACCUUUCUAGUAAAAAAGCAAAACAUGCUGGAUCAUUUUCUAAACUCCCCCAGAAAACAGGUAGCCAAUGGGAUACUACUUUAGAUAAUCUAUUUGCUCCAGACAUUGUCCAAAAGAAGAAAAAGUGUGACAUUGUCAAGGACAAAGAUCAUAAAUCAAACACUACCAAGGGAACAGAUCUCAUACGUGCACAGAAGGUACCUCCAGUUACAAAUGAAGUACAGAAGCUGCACAGUGAUAAAGGAAUCUCCCAGCCCCCAGUUGUGAAUAAAGUUGUGGGAAAUGAUACAACAAAACCCAACAAAACAAGUAAGGUAAUGACACCUGCUAAUAUGGACAUUAAAGGAAAGGAAAAAGAGUGUGUUUCAAGUAAGAGAACAUCUUCUGUUACAACAGAAGAGUCAUUGUCAAAGCAUUCGCAUAAAAGGGUGAAAGAAGAAAUAUCUAGUUCAACUAAUAUGCCCACUUGGCGUGUAAGGGCAGCUCUCAUUUAUAGCAGUAGCAGUGACUCAGAAAUUGAUGUGGUGAAACCAGCUAAAGCUUUAUUUGGAACACCAUCAGCUGUAAGAAUCACAGAAACACCGAAAACACCACGUACUCCAGAUGUUCCUACAGGGAUCUCUGUACAUUCUAGAUGUAAAAAAGUUAUAAGUGAUGCCCAAGAGGUACAGCUUGGCUUAGAUUUAGGCACUCCCCCACCUGCAAGACCACCAACACCAGGUAAAGUGACACCUCCUGUUGUUGAAAUAGGCAGAGAGAAGCACAAACAUAAGAAAAAGAAAAAGAAGCAUGAAAAGAAACAUAGCCCAAAGAAAGAAAAGGUACAGUUUGAUGGAGAUAAGGUUCACUCAAAAAGUGAUCUAGUGGCUGCAGAAGGUCUGAUGCAGUUGACAUCAUUCUCAGGUGAUAAACGGUCUGGUGAUCUGUCGCACAAAGAAACUGUUUCCGGUGUGAAGAGAAAACACAAACAUUCAGCACUGACAGAACACUCCAAAAAGCGCCAUGGGUUGUCUGCAUCAUUACCUGUGGCACCAUCUUCACCUGUUGUUAUUCCUUCUGUCUCGCAACAACCCUCGCUUCCCAAAGUUCAAGUACCAGUGAAUGGCCUUCCUGUAACAAUUUCAGAUGAUGGUCCUGUUGGAUUCUAUUUUGAUGAAUCUGGCAACCGUGUUUGGGUGUGCCCUUCAUGUGGUGGACAAGAUGAUGGUAGCCCAAUGAUACGCUGCGAUGACUGCUAUGCAUGGUACCACUGGGCAUGUGUAGGAAUUGACUCUGCACCAGAUGAAAAUGUUGAUUGGUUUUGCUCAUAUUGCUUUUCCAAAAAUGAUAGGCAGAUGAAGAAACAUAAAAGUUCUUCAGUCCACCGUAAAAAAUCUCAUAGCAAAUCUUCGAAAAAAUGAUAUACUCGUGUACCUGAAGAAAUUAUAUUAACACUUUUGAAGGGUUUAAGGUCAUGUCUUUUGCUUACAAGUUAAAUGCAAAUUCUGUUUUUUAAUUAUGUGAGUGAAACGGAUACAUAUAUAUCAUCUGUGGUGUAUAAAGGUGAGUUGUGAAAGUUGUUUUCAAAUCAUUUGAAAAAUUGAUUUCAUUUUGUUAAAAGCUGUAGUAAUGCAUCCUUUUGACGUAUUAUUUCUGGCUACUUGAAUUGUGUGUUUUUUUUCUGUUGCCACUGUGAUAUUCCUUCCAGUCCAUCUGUAUUAUUAGUACAAAACCUGUAAGUCAUUGCUAUGAAGAAAGUAUUUUUGUGAGUGCAGUAAUUGUAGAAUUAACAAAAGACUGAACCUUUUAAAAGUUGCAGAUUGUUUAUCCAUCAUUUUACAGCUUUUGAUGGUUUUUUUGUCUGCAUACUUCAUAAUUACCUAAAUUUUGUACAGUGGUUAUUGGUUUGUAACUCUGACUGAUACUGCUAGAUGUGCCUCUAAGGACAACAUAAAACUAAAACAGAGCACUAAUUCAGUUAUUUGAUGUAUUAGAAUGAUGAUUAUUUUCCUGUGCAUGUUAUGCACCAAAGAAUUUUGUACUGUUACCUAUGAAAGCAAGCUUUAAAGAUAAAACUUCCUCUGAUAAGACUGUAUUUUUAUAUGUUUCCAUUGUCAUUUGCUAUAAUGGUUUAAUUUGUGUAUGUGUUAAUGAAAUGUGUUUGUAAUCCAUGCCAAAAUGUUUUGUAAUUAGAAAGUGUGUGCAAAACCUUGCUUAUGUUAAGAAAUAAACUGUUAUAUUUGUGUUUUAAUUGUUAUUUGUAGUUGUACUGUGAUAAAAAGUGGAUAUUGUUAAAUAUGUCAGAGGAAAGUUAUGUUUUUGUACCAUAUUUGUUUAAUGUUUUGGUACAUUGUUACAGAAAAUAUAAAAAGUAUUGUUCAGAUAUAUUCAGCAAUAAGGUAAUAAACAUAACUUUAGUCUUAAUGUUCUGUAAGAUAGUCAUUAUGUGGCAUAAAAAUAUGCUGGCACUUACGUACUUUAUAAUUAAUUUGUGUAUAUCCAGAGAUUUAUUUAUUUAUAUCCUACAACAUGGUAACACAUUACAUUUGGGUCGAUUAAGGUCCCAGAAUAAUUCUUUUUAAGAAACCUAAAAUGUUUUUGUGAGAACCCCUAAAAACUGGAAAGUAAACAAGAACGUCCUGGUAACAAUUCCAAUUUCAGCCAUAUUUGCUCUCUCUCUCUCUCUCUCUCUCUCUCUCU